AUGCUUCGCGCCGGUGACAGCACCACGGGCGCAGGCCUCGCCUUGCUGCCCAACACCAGCAGCGUUCGCGACCAGCACAACGCCCUCAGUGGCGCGCGGUUGAUAGACGAGAUUUCUCGCGGCGAUGCGGCAGGGACCCUCUUCAGCAGCGACAGCAUCGGCGGCGGAGGUGACGCCAGUACCAGCGGCGGCGGCCGGGAGGAGGACGAGGCGUACCGCAAGGCGCUGUCCCGCGCGAUGCGCCUGAUCAACUUCCGGGAGAGAUCUUCGGGGGAGCUGCAGGGGAGGCUGCUGGAGGACGGCUACGACCCGAGGGUGGUGGCGCGCGUGGUGCUGCGCAUGCGGGAGCUGGGCCUGCAGGACGACGACCGGUUCGCGCGCAUGUUUGCUCGGGGCCGCUGGCGCAGCAGCGCCAGGGCGCCGGCACAGAUUGCACGGGAGCUGCGACAGCGCGGGGUGGGCGAUCAUCAUAUCAAGGCAGCGCUGGAGGAGGUGUUUGGGCCGGGUGGCAGGGUGCAGCAGGCCAGGCACGGUGACGACGACGAGGAGGAAGAGGAGGAAGACCAAGAGGACGUCUCGCCAGCCACUGCACGCCAGGAUACAAACCCCUUUGACGAGCUGGUGCAGCAGGCGGGCAGAUGGGCGCAGCUGUCAGAAGGGGACGACAUCCAAAAGCGGAGCUGGGAUACAAUCAAGCGAGUGAUGAAGGAGGUCGGCCUUUGA